CAAGAACAGGCGGCUGCCGAGGGGGCAGGCGGCAGUGGCAGGCGAAGAGCCGCUGAGGAAGCCCUCCAGUGCUGCUGGCCGCGCUGUACAGGGGCACGCCCGCAGCCCGGCCUCGGGCUACCGCGGCGCAAGCUGCCUUCGGCGCCAAGUGCCCGCAGCGACGGCUCGGCCCCACAGACGAACCGCGGCAGCUUCAGCCACCGCUAAACCACGCCUCAGGAAAGCAUGCCGCAGCGCCCGCUCCCGCUGCCCUCUCUGCCGGCGUCUACUACGGCUUCGCAGCAGAGCGAGCGAGGGCGGCCGGCCGAGCCGCUCGGGCUGCUGGAUUCUCCCUGCCUAACUGAGGAGGGGGAGGAGGAAGGGUGCCUGCGUGUCCCGCACCAGCUCCCUUUCCUUCCGGGUUGCGGCCCACAGCCACCUUCGCCUCCUCCUACCGUGCAGUGGGCCAUGGGGGUGGCUGCGGACGGGAUCGCCCCAGAGGCUGUAGCGGCAGCGACUUCGCUGGACCCCGGACGGGGACUGUCCCUGCCCCGGGAGGGCGGGACCCCUGCAGACUCCCAGGACAAGAUCUUCCUCAUCAAAGGUGGAAUUUUUCUAGGUACUGUUGCUACAGCAGGAAUGAUAGCAGGUUUUGGCACCACACUUGCCAUGGCCAAAAAGAAGAACCCAGUCUGGUUCAGUAAGGGAAUUACUGCCACAGCUGCAUUACCAGAGAGUGGUUCAUCAUUGGCCUUAAGAGCUCUGGGAUGGGGCUCACUCUACGCAUGGUGUGGAGUUGGAUUGCUCAGUUUUACCAUCUGGAAGGCUCUGGGUGUGCACAGUAUGAAAGAGUUCCAACUGAAAAUGCAGUCAUUGUUUCCUGCAAUUCCUAAAAAGAGUGAGUCCACUGUUGAAUGGGAAGACUUACUUAAAUCCAAGUGAAAGACUCAGAGCCGUUUGGAGAAGCCUCAGCAAGAACAGGAGCAGAGGGAGAAAUGUCCCAUCUGAAAAACAGAGAAGAAUACUCAGACUGAUCAGGUUGCUGACUGUGUUUGCUGAACCUGAGGAUGGCAGUUAACGUCUAUCAGCAAGGGAACUGAGAACAAAACAAAGCAAGAUAAUUUGUUAUUUUACUUUCCAGCAUGUUUGGAAUAGUUGGUUUGUGAGAAAUGAACGCUCUGAGAUGAAGUUGGAUCCAGCUU